GUCAGGAUGCGCUUCAGCGAUCAGAAGGAGAGAAAGUUUGCCUAUUUAAGCGGGUACACCUGGGUCCCCCCGCCCCCCGUCACCUGUUUGGAUCAGGACCAGGACCAGGCUCUCCUAUGAUGAUUGUGGCUGUUGCUGCUCUCCUGGUGAGCAUCCAUGCUUCCUGGGCUGAAGAUCUGGACUAUUGCUACAAUAAGCCACACUGUGAUCCUUACGCGUGGGGUGAAGCGUUCCCAUCAUGUCACCCUCUACUUGAAGAACUUCACUCCCCCAUCAAUUUGGAGCAGGCGGUGACCACCAACCACUCCCUGGGACCUCUACACCUGCUGGGCUUCGACGUGGCCCAAGCGGGCUCAUGGACGCUGACUAACGACGGCCACUCGGUGGUGUUGGAGGUGGGCGGCGGCAUGACGGUGAGCGGAGGCGGCCUUCCUGACGUGUACCACACCCUGCAGCUGCACUUCCACUGGGGGGGGCCCGGCAGCAACGGCUCAGAGCACACCGUGGACGGGCGCAGAUACCCGAUGGAGAUGCACGUGGUCAACGUGAAGGCCAUCCAUCCCAACUUGUCCGCCGCCUUGGAGGAUCCCACCGGGCUCGCUGUGCUGGCCUUCUUUAUCGACGUUGUUUUUGGAGAGAAUACUCACUUUGGACUUAUUUCACAAAAGUUGUCUUCAAUUGCUUACAAAGGGCAAACCACCAACGUGACGCCUUUUCCCCUGAUGAGCCUGCUGCCUGAGAACAACAUGAGCCAGUAUUACAGGUAUUAUGGUAGCCUCACCACCCCUCCUUGCUCUCAGUCGGUGGUCUGGACCCUUUACGAGGUCCCCAUCUACAUCUCAUGGACUCAACUGGGCGACUUUACCUCCCGGAUGUUCUCCACGGAGAAGGACGCCGAGCAGGAGACGCUUUUGAGGAACAACUUCAGACACGUCCAUCCCACAUUCAGCCGGGAAGUCUGGGCAUCCAGAGAUGCCAAAACGCUCACGGGGUCAACAGGGCGAACCCUCGGGUCGGCCGCGGUCCUCCUCCUAACAGUCUUGAAUAGGAAAUACCUUCUUUAGCCAGCAGAAAUGACAGAC